AUGGCCGCAGACGCGCACAAACUGCUGAGCCACCUGUCCCAUGACACUGCGCAGAGCGUGUUGGCCUGGCUGAACUCCAGGGGAAAGGACCUGCCGGUGCACAUACCUCUGUCCACAAUCAGGUUUGCACGGGAGUGCUUCUCGAUCAUAGAUGCAGACAACAAUGGCACGCUGGAGGCGGAAGAAUUGCUGGCCGUGUUCAAAGCGCUGGGCCAGCCAGCCAGCCUGCGCCAGGUGACGCGGCUGGUGGAGAGCGUGGCAGGCGCCGGCGCCCAGUCCCUCCGCUUCAGCGACUUUGCCCAGGCAGGCAUGAUGCACGGCGCCAUGGCUGAGCGGCGGCCAGGGGAGGUGAAUCUGCACAGCCUGCUGCAGCAGGAGGUCAACCUGGGGGGAUCGGGGCGAGGCGACGGCGGGGGGGGUGAGGAGCAGGAGGCGCCGCUCAACUGGAGCGACUUCCACCUGCUCGCCAAGGCGUUCAGGCGGCGGGUGGUGCUCGACGGGGUGAUCAACUGCACAGAGGGGUGGCGGGAGAAGGUGGCGGCCCUCGCGGAGCGCCGCGCGGCCAGCUCGCAUGCUGGCGCCGUCACCGCAGCUUCGGUGUGGAGGCAUCGGGUGCAGCGGCUGGCGCAGGCGCAGCCAGCGAGCGGUCAGGGUGCCGGGACAGCACAGGGGCCAGAUGCAGGCGCUGAGGCGGCGGCAGGGAUGCUGCCUAGCACUGGCGGCGGCGACGGUGGCGACGCGCUGUGUGGGGCCAUCAGCGCUGGGCCCACGCCCAGGAGCGCCUGCGGCUCAGACAUCCGGGUUGAUGCAGAGGAGGAGGGGCGGGGCCAGGAUCGGCACGCGCUGGGCAACAGCAGGCACCAAGCGCCGGAUCAGCAGGCGCCUGGCAUCAGCAGGCGCCAGGCGCCGGGGCCUGCAGGCAGCUACGGCGACAUUUUCGAUGUGUAUCUGUCGGGGGUUGCAGCCGGCACGCCAGCCGCGGCCGCCCUCCUGGCGAGGCGGCUGCUGGCAGGACCGUGA